AUGCUGUUCCCAUCGCAAUACAUAUUUGUCCAGUUGGUACUACCACUACCCAGCAUCAUGGGAUUGGCGAUCGCCAACGACAAAUCACCAUCAUCACCUUCAUUGUCAUCAUCGUCAGAAAUCUCCAACCUCACGUACGGUUUCGCGGUAAUCUUCUUGAUAUGGUACUUUGUGGUAUUAUCCUUGGCCUAUCUAGGGGUGGUGGAAAUCUUCAGGAAGUUUAACCAUUCCAUUACUGAUAUUGCCACGCCGCCAUCAUCAUCAUCAUCGUCAGACCUAGGGUCCGUCGAAGGGGUGACGAUAAUCCGUCCGCUAAAAGGUAUUGAUGCCCAAGUGGAAUCAUGUCUUGAAAGUUCAUUUGUUCAAUACUACCCAACUUCCAAGCUCGAAGUGUUGUUUUGUGUCGAAGACCCCAAAGAUCCGGUGAUCCCUAUUGUCGAAACCUUGAUCGACAAGUAUCCUAACAUCGAUGCCCGGCUCAUGAUUGGCGAUCCCAAUAAUCCUGACCAUUACGGUCCCAACCCGAAAAUCAAUAAUCUUGCCAAAGGGUUUGUUGCCGCGAAACACGAUAUCAUCUGGGUGAUGGAUUCGAACGUAUGGGCUUCGAAUGGGACAUUAUUAAGAUCGGUGCACGCAUUGCACCAUUCGUUAGAUAAUGGUCGACAAACUUAUGAUCGUCGUACUGGUCAGGGGAAACCGGUGAAAGUGGUGCAUCAUUUACCGUUGGCGGUAUCGUUGAAAUCGUCACAGUUACUAAUGGGACCAUCGUGGUGGUCGAACAUUGGGUCGAAAUUGGACGAAGUAUUUCUUAAGACUUCACACGCGAAAUUUUACGUGGGGUUCGAUAGAUGGGCCGUUGCCCCUUGCGUCAAUGGGAAAUCCAAUCUUUAUCGACGUUCGGAUAUCGAUAUGGCAGUGCAGCACAUUGGCCGAGGACAAAUGCCCAGCGUUGAUGGGGAAAGUGGUGAUUUGCUGAAGGACGCCGCUUAUUAUGGUUCCACCAAAGGGUAUGGGAUCCGGUAUUUCUCGAAAUUCAUUGGUGAGGAUAAUAUGAUCGCCAUUGCGUUGUGGGAUAUCGGUGGCCGUACAGGGUUGACGGGGGAUUGUGUGAUUCAACCAUUGGGGAAUAGAAACAGUAGUAUAAAAGAUUAUAUCUUGCGAAGAUCUAGAUGGCUAAGAGUGAGAAAAUACAUGGUAUUAGCGGCAACGAUACUUGAACCUACCACCGAAUCUAUCGUCGCAGGGAUUUAUGGGACGUUUGCGGUGUCGGUGUUAUUCUUCCAGCAGAAAUUCUCGAUAUCGUGGUUAUUUUUCCAUUUUAUAGUCUGGUAUCUCACCGAUUACUUGCAAUUUGCGUUAUUAUUGAAAUAUUCGGCGGCGGAAGAUUCACGGAUCAUGAACUCCAGUAACUAUAUCCGGCCAUUUUUCACUGAGCCUGAUUAUAAUCGGUUUUUCGAUCUAGAAUUGUUGCUUCACUCGCCAAGAUGGUCGAGGUUUAAUAAGUCGGGUUUCACCCGCCAGUGUUUCAGAGUGCUAGUAUGGAGUUUCUAUUGGUUUAUGAGAGAAAUCUUGGCAUUUCCGAUCUGGGUGUACGCGAUGGUGGGUACCACGAUUGAUUGGAGAGGCCGGCCAUUUAUUAUCAAAUCUGAUUUGACCGCUGAAGAGAUGUAG